AUGGCCCAUUCAAAAGAAUAUAACAACGAAGAGCUAAACUAUUUCAGAAUUUGUUAUGUAACAACUAGCAUACUAACGGAGGGCCUGAGGGUAAUUUUUAAACAAGAAUGGGACAAACAGUACAAAUCAACUCCAUUCGGAGAAUGGAAAGAUGACCUGCAAAAUGGAGUGGACUUUUAUAACGCGGAGUCUCCAAGAAACAGGAAGAGAAAUGCUCACCUCUUGACUACCAUGAAAAACGGAGAUAGAGGGGAAUGGGAUUGUACAAUGCUAUUUUACGCCCUUCUUUUCUCAGACUGUGUCGGGCCUAGCCUUAAUGCAACGGUCCGGAAUACUUUAGAUGAUCUUAGAAUAUUUAGAAACGAGGAAUUUGCUCACAUACGACAAGGAAAUCUCUCUGAUAAGGAUUUUCACACUGCCAUUAGCAAAGUUCAUGCUGCGUUUCAAGCGCUUGGUCUUCCUACGGUGCAAAUUCAAGAUAUAAAAAUUCAGAAAACGUUCCCGACGGAAGACUUACGAAAAAUCCUGAAAGAAGUUGAAGAACUGAAACAGGAACUUCAAGAAAAGGAAGAUCAGCUUCAAGAAAAAGAGGAUCAAAGAAGUGUUCUUGAACAUCAGCUCAUGAACGAUGCACCUUCUUUCUGUAUUCUCCCGCCUAAACCUUCUCACGACAUUGGGGUUCGUGAGCGUGAGGUUGGUAAGCUAACGCAACAGUUGAGGGAACUAAAGGAGGCUAAUGAUAAUAGACUGAGUAUUCUGUACCUCUCAGGGAAUCCUGGAAGUGGAAAAUCGCAGCUUGCCGGCCUUGUUGCCAGGAAGUUCUUCGAAGAAAGCAAAGAAGUGCCAGACGCUUCUUCAUUUGUAAUGACCGUGAAUGCCGCCAGUCCAGAUUCACUUCUAGAGUCAUAUACCUCCUUUGCUCGCCAGCUUAAGUGCCCGGAUUAUUCGGUUGUACGAAUCGUCAGCUCUAGAGAGUGGACGAUUGAGGAAAAGAUCGCUAACCUCAAGAUGCUCAUUAGCGCGAAAAUCAACCUCUACACGUCGUGGCUACUAGUGGUUGACAACGUUACUUGCGUCUCUUCUAUCACUGAUUCUCUGCCAAAGUCUGGAAACGACGCUUGGGUAAAGGGUCAGUUGCUAAUCACAACACAAGAUGCAGCAUCUAUCCCCUUGACAACCACUUUCAUCAAUCACAUCUCAGUAAGCAAAGGUAUGGAGCCCGAAGAUGCCAGUUUCUUAUUGGCCAAACUUUCUGGGAUCACCGACGUUGAGAUGGAGGGAAAAGUUGCAGAAAAACUGGACUAUCAGCCUCUUUCUUUAGCAAGCGCUGCUAUCUAUGUGAAAGAGAUUCGUCAAGCAGGAAAUAAAAGAAAUUUUGGCUGGAAAGAACUCCUAAAGAAAUUAGAAGAAGGCAAACGAAACACUACGGAGAAAACUCUUGCUGAAACCAACCCAGUUUACCCAAACACCAUGACUAGAGCAAUAACUUUAGCCGUCAAAACACAAAUUAACUCAAAUGAGACUCUUAAACACUUGUUCAAUUUCUUCUCUCAAUGUGCACCACAACCAUUAAAUCUGAGCAUAGCAAUCGAUUACAUUAAGAGAGUACACGAAAUGGACAAUGACCAGAUUUCUUUGAGAAUCAGAAGGUGCUCACUGCUGCUUUUAGAAGAUUAUGAGAAUAGCAUUUUCAUUCGAGUACAUCAGGUUGUGUACGAUGCUGUCAAGUCAUUACUGACAGACUAUAAAGAGAGCCAACAAUCAGAGGUUAUUAACAGAGCUAUUGAAGUAUUCAACCAAUUUCUAGUCGAUAUCUCAUUAUCAGAGAUAGAGGCACUCGACACAAUACACAUCGUGCCGCAUUUAAAAGUCUUAUCUCAUAAUGUGUUUAAGGAAGAAAAUUUAUGUCGAGUUUAUGAUGAAAGCAUUUUAAAAGCAUUUGCAAAUUUUGGCCAGACUUGCAGAGCGCACUGUGAAUUCAACGUGGCAAAAAGAUGCUUUAAACGAUUGGUCGCGGUUGAGAUGCGAGAGCUAGGCGCCGAACACGUUAAUGUUGCAGGGACCUACAAUGAUUUAGGUGACAUUCACUAUGACUUAAGUGACUUUCAGUUAGCCAAAGAGUGUUAUCAACACGCUUUGGCCAUACGCCUUAAAAAUCUUGGCGCCGAACAUGUUGAUGUUGCAACCACCUACGAUAAUUUAGGUUCAAUUCACAGCCAGCUAGGUGACUUCGAGCAAGCCAAGGAGUAUCAUCAACGUGCUUUAGCCAUUUAUCUUGAAAAGCUUGGCACCGAACAUGUUGAUGUCGCAACUACCUACAAUAACUUAGGUGAAAUUCACAGGCAGCUGGGGAACUUCGAACAAGCAAAGGAGUAUCAUCAACGUGCCUUAGCUAUUGAUCUUGAAAAGCUGGGUGAUAAACAUGUUUAUGUUGCAACCACUUACAGUAACUUAGGUGUGAUUCACAGUCACCUAGGAGAAUUUAAGCAAGCCAAGGAACAUCAUCAACAUGCUUUAGCAAUCCGCCUCGAGAAGCAAGGAUCCGAACAUGUUGAUAUUGCAACCACCUACAAUAACUUAGGUAUAAUUCACAGCCACCUAGGAGAAUUUGAGCAAGCCAAGGAAUAUCACCAACGAGCUUUAGCCAUCUGCCUCAAGAAACAAGGAGCCGAACACGUUGAUGUUGCAACCACCUACAAUAACUUAGGUUCAAUUCAUAGGUACCUAGGUGACUUUGAGCAAGCCAAGGAAUAUCAUCUACGUGCUUUAGCCAUCGAUGUUAAGAAGCUUGGAGCCAAACAUGUUUAUGUUGCAACCACCUACAAUAACUUAGGUUCAAUUUACAGCAAGCUAGGCAAGUUUGAGCAAGCUAAGGAGUACCAUCAGCGUGCUUUAAACAUUGAUCUUGAAACUCUUGGCGCCGAACAUGUUGAUAUUGCAACCACCUACAAUAACUUAGGUGUAAUUCACAGCCAUCAAGGCGAGUUUGAGCAAGCUAAGGAAUACCAUCAACUCGCUUUAGCCAUCCGCCUUAAGAAGCUUGGCGCGGAACAUGUUGAUACUGCGAAUACCUACAAUAACUUAGGUGAAAUUCAGAGGCAGCUGGGCGACUUUGAACAAGCGAAGGAGUACCAUCAACGUGCUUUAGCCAUCCGCCUGGAAAAGCUCGGUGAUGAGCAUGUUGAUGUUGCAGCCACCUACAAUAAGUUAGGAAUAACUGACAGGCAGCUAGGUAACUUUGAGCAAGCCAAGGAGUAUCAUCAACGUUCUUUGCGCAUCCGUCUUGAGAAUCUCGGCGACGAACAUGUUGACGUUGCAACCAGUUACAACGAUCUAGGGGUUAUUCACAGGAGGCUAGGCUAUUUUAAGCAAGCCAAGGAGUUUCAUCAACGCGCUUUAGGCAUACGUCUGAAGAGGCUCGGUGAUGAACAUGUCGAUGUUGCAACCACUUACAGUGACUUAGGUGAAUUGCAGAGGCAGCUAGGCGACUUUAAGCAAGCCAAGGAGUACUAUCAGCUUGCCUUAGGCAUCCGUCUUGAGAAGCUCGGCGACGAACAUGUUGAUGUUGCAGCUAGUUACAAUAACCUAGGGGUAAUUCACAGGCAGCUAGGCCAUUUUGAGCAAGCCAAGGAGUUUCAUCAAAGGGCUUUAGAAAUACUUGUAAAGAAGCUCGGCGAUAAACAUGUUGAUGUUGCAACCACCCAGAUUGACUUAGGUUUAAUUUACAGGCAACUAGGCGACUUUGAGCAAGCAAAGGAGCAUCAUGAGUGUACCUUAGCCAGCCACGAGAAGUUCGACGGCGAACACUGA